GACCUCGCGAUGGAGGCUCCUCUUGUAUAUAUAUAUUGAGCAUCUGACUUUUUUGUUUCCUAUCAAGUAAGCCAUUUAGUUCCUAGCUGGCUGCUUGGAACCAAGCGUACGCUCUCAUGACCACUUUCAGAAAUUUAGAAAACCGGUGAUGCGCUCGAGAUGCCGGCGCCCCCAGAUGUCCGGUUUAGCAAUUAUCAAAACAUGGGUCUUCUGGGCGUUGGCGCUGCUGCCAUGGCUCUCGUGUGUUCAAGCGAUGAGAGAGAGCCGGAUUGCAGAGCUCAGGGCAGAGGCAGAGCAUAUGUUUUAUCAUGGAUUUGAUAAUUAUAUGAAAUAUGCAUUUCCGGAAGACGAGUUGCGUCCUUUGUCCUGCGGACCGUUGACACGCGACCGCGAAAACCCCGCGCAUAUUGAGUUGAAUGAUGUCCUCGGGAAUUAUUCACUUACCCUCGUGGAUAGUUUGUCGACAUUGGCAAUAUUAUCGGAUGCCGGCUCGAGGGCUCACAAGGGUUGGAAGGCAUGGAAAUACUUUCAAGAUGGGGUGAAACACCUUGUUGAGCUAUAUGGCGAUGGUUCCAACGGUGCCAUGGGUACAGGUUCGAGAGGAAAAGGAUUUGACGCUGAUAGCAAAGUCCAAGUCUUCGAGACGGUCAUUCGUGGCCUUGGUGGCCUUCUGAGUGCUCACCUCUUUGCCGUCGGUGAUCUGCCAAUUCGGGGAUACCAUCCUCCUGCAGACGAAGUGUCCUAUGCAAAGCUAUGGAAUAAGAAGGAUGACUCUUCAGGUCGUCCCGGGAUACGCUGGGCAAACGGUUUUGUGUAUGACGGUCAAUUGCUCAGGCUUGCAAUGGACCUGGGGACUCGCCUGCUUCCUGCGUUCUUCACGGCGACCGGCCUUCCGUACCCUCGAGUUAAUUUACGCCAUGGCGUACCGUUUUAUCCUAAGUCACCACUAAAUGCCAAUUCCAAGGGGGGGACAUCUCGCUCGGAGCAGACGUUUCCUCCGGAAAUCACCGAGACAUGUAGCGCGGGCGCCGGAAGCUUGGUCUUAGAAUUUACGGUCCUUAGCCGACUUACUGGUGACGGCCGCUUUGAAGAGUUUGCAAAAAGAGCAUUUUGGUCUGUGUGGGCGAGACGCAGUGAAAUUGGUUUAAUAGGUGCUGGCAUUGAUGCGGAGUCUGGGAAAUGGGUCAAUUCAUAUACGGGGAUUGGUGCUGGCAUCGAUAGUUUUUUUGAGUAUGCACUGAAGUCUCAUAUCUUACUUUCUGAAGGUCAACCAUUGGUCUUCAAUGCGUCUGGUCCUUUUCAUGAGCUAGACGGUCAUUUUACGCCAUUGUCAGAAGAGGCCCAUUCUCCUGAUGCCUUCCUCAAGGCAUGGCAACAAGCGCGACACUCUAUCAAGCACCAUUUGUAUCGCGGCUCCAGCUACCAAUAUCCUCAUUAUAUACAGGGAGACAUCAUUACAGGAGCGACACGCGCAUUUUGGAUGGAUAGCUUAAGCGCGUAUUUUCCUGGUUUAUUAACGCUAUCUGGGGAUUUGGACGGGGCUACCGAAGCCCAUCUCUUGACUACAGCGUUAUGGACGCGAUUCUCGUCGUUACCCGAAAGAUGGAAUAUUGCCACCGGUGAUAUCGAAGGUGGCUUAACCUGGUGGGGAGGACGCCCGGAAUUCAUUGAAUCGACGUAUUACCUCUAUCGCGCCACGGAGGAUCCGUGGUACCUCCAUGUCGGGGAAAUGGCCAUGAGGGAUAUCAAGCGAAGAUGCUGGACAAAGUGCGGUUGGGCCGGUCUCCAAGAUGUCCGAACUGGAGAAUUAAGCAAUAGAAUGGAGAGUUUCUUCUUAGGAGAAACUGCAAAAUAUCUCUUUCUAUUGUUUGAUCCGUCCCAUCCUUUGAACCAUCUCGAUUCUCCCUUCGUAUUCACUACGGAAGGCCAUCCGCUUGUGAUACCAAAAUCAGCACAACACAGCACACGUUUGAAAUUCGAAAAAAAGCAUAUAAAGUUUCACGCGCCGGAGGUAGAGACUUGCCCUCGACCACACCCUCCGCUUCCCUUUGGGUUGUCUACAAUUGCAGCGCGAUCAGAUGUAUUCCAUGCAGCAAGUUUAGCCAGGCUGCCUCUUAUGCCUCCCAGAGCCCAAGUUGAAUCUGCCAUUGUUGAAUAUUCAAAAGAUCACCCAAGCAUUACACUCUCAGAUCUCGUUUCUCCGUCCAAUUACACUUACUUCCCGUGGACAUUGCCCCCUGAGGUGGUACCACCUAAUGCAACAAGCGCUCCCAUGGCAACGAGACCUACCCUUGACCUCUCUUUUCCUCCGAUGCCAAACACUGUCCUCAGUUCUGCAUCUUUGGAGCGUGUUGCGGAUGGAAUUUGGGUUAAGUCCAUGAGUGGGCUGCGACUGGGCAUGAUUCAAGACAUGCCUUUGCUUACUGAGAGCUCAUCUAGCCCCAUGGAUGGGUUUCGUAUACAGGUGAUCAAUAAUAUAGCGCUUGGGAAAGACGAAAAGGUAUACCUUUCCCGUGAGACUGUUACUACCUUGGAGCCGACCGAUCCCAAUUUUACUCAGGUUGAAGAUUUGACUGUGCUAGACAUCGUUAUCGAUCUUAAACCGUCACAGGUUCCAGGCAAUAUCUCGUCUUCAACAAUCACAGCGACCAGCAGUCCAACUAGUAGUGGGAAACUACUGGAAGAAAUUCAUACGCCAGUUGAAGAUAGCUCAAACAUGAAAUUCGCAUUUUCAUCGUUUAUGAGUCAGGUUACUUCAUUGCUACGGGACGAAGUGAUGGCGUCUUCUGCUGGGUCGGCAUUCUUUGGUCGCUCUGUAUCUCGAGUCUCGCUACCUGCCCUUACGGCCACAGGUAAAGGUGCAGUGCCACUAGCAGAUGUCGAAGAGGCGACACUUCCCGCUCCGUGGGUCUCCAGCUCGUCGGGGAAACAGAUUGUCAAUCGCCUUGCAUGGUCUACUAUCUACCUUGCAGGAGAACUUUGCGAUGGCCCGUUGCCUUCUUCUGUUCCAAGAACCCAUCAAGUUAUUGUCAUCAAGCGAGGAAGCUGCAGCUUCUCUAAGAAAUUAAGAAAUAUACCCGGGUUUCGCCCAACGCGGUCCGCAUUGCAACUUGUCAUUGUCGUCUCUUAUCCUCAGCCAGGGGAUAAUAACAACCUCUCUACGCAAAGUGCGAGGCUCGGCUCGACAGGCAAGCCUCCUACCUCGGCCUCCAAAGAAAAUGAACCCCCAAUUUCAACACCAGUUAUUGAAAUGGACGAGUCGUGGCUUGUCCGUCCACUUCUUGACGAGAUGCAGGUUGUUGCUGAUGGGAUUCCCCGGCCACAUCCGAUUAGUAUGGUAAUGGUGGGUGGUGGAGAUGAGACGUACGAUUGCUUUAAGCGCGCAUUGGGCGUGGGAAUUAGAAAGAGGUAUGAGAUCAGGUCUCAGGGAGUACCGAUUAGCAACCUGUUUGUCGUUUAAAAUAGUCGCUAGGGCGUUUUCUCCCUCAACAAUAGAUACGGAAUCCAAGACAAAAGCUGGCAUGGCUUCCAGUAAUUUAGCCCAGCUAGUCACUACAUGGAUGUACAUACACCGAUGCUCACAUGAAGAAAUAUAUGGCGGCCCUUUGCGGUUUAAUCCUGGGCAAUGUUACCUCAGUUCAACCAUCAA